UCGGUUCAACAUGGCUCGUCUGUUGCUGUUAUUUUUGUGCAUGUCGUCCGCCGCCCUCGCCGGGCGCUAUUUUAAUGAGAAAGAACCAUGCUACCGACCCAUGCUGAGGAAAAAUCUUUUUGGAAUUAAGACAAAGCCCCGCCCGCAUGAGUAUCUGAACGUGGCUGCGCUGCCUAAAGCUUGGGACUGGAGGAACAUCAACGGCACCAACUUCGUGAGCACCACCCGCAACCAGCACAUUCCUCAGUACUGCGGGUCCUGUUGGGCUCAUGGCAGCACAAGUGCUUUGGCAGAUCGGAUCAACAUCAAACGGAAAGCAGCCUGGCCCUCCGCAUACCUGUCUGUGCAGAACGUGAUCGACUGUGGACAGGCUGGCUCUUGCCACGGCGGUGACCACUCAGGGGUGUGGGAAUACGCCAACAAACAAGGCAUCCCCGACGAGACCUGCAACAACUACCAGGCCAAAGACCAGAAGUGCAAACCAUUCAACCAGUGCGGGACCUGCACAACAUUUGGAGUCUGCAACGUUGUCUCAAACUACACCCUGUGGAAGGUGGGUGAUUACGGGGCAGUCAGCGGACGAGAGAAGAUGAUGGCGGAGAUUUAUGCAGGAGGACCCAUCAGCUGUGGAAUCAUGGCCACCGACAAGCUGGACGCCUACACUGGGGGCCUUUACUCCGAGUUUGUCGAGGAGCCUUACAUUAACCACAUCGUGUCGGUGGCGGGCUGGGGCGUGGAGAAUGGCGUGGAGUACUGGAUCGUCCGCAACUCCUGGGGCGAGCCAUGGGGGGAGAAGGGGUGGCUCAGGAUUGUGACCAGUGCCUACAAAGGAGGAAGUGGAAGUCAGUACAACCUGGCCAUCGAGGAAGACUGCAUGUACGGGGACCCCAUUCUGCCGAAGAACUACCUUUAACGCAGCUCCGUGAGUGGGAUGCAGUAUACAGUCAAAGAGCUCACUGUACCUGCUGUGAAUAGCCAGUAGGUUCUAGUCCCGGGCACUGCUGUGUUCUGAACCACCCGCAACCACUGUUCUGUGUUCUCUGACAUGCCUGCUGUGUUCUUGCUCGAGAGAGCCAAGGGCUAGGGAAUGUGAGCCCUGUCUUCAACUUGUAAUGUCUGUUCACCUUGAAUCUUAAUCAUAUCAAUCUUCUAGUAGUCAUUUGUCAGGUAUCAACACUAUGCAGAAAAAGGGAAUAUUUUAAAAUUUUAAGAUUCACAUGUUUACAGGAUCAGUGUUUUUACUGUAAACAUGUUUACUUGUGUUUUUGAUAGUAUUUUAAAUCUGUUCAUUUUAUUUUUUUAAUGAAAGGGGAAAGGUACUUUUAAGUCACUACACAUGGCCUUAAGAACCACACGCUAACCUGAAAAUCAAAUGCUUGAAUGAACCUGCCAAAGAAACAACACACCUUAUUGAAACAGUGUAUGUAAUAGUUGCUUAGGUAAUGUGCUGCUCAAACCAAUGUCAGUUUAGUGUCAAGAGCAAAUAUUUGAUUACUUAUAAAUGAAAGUGACCAUGACAAACCAUGAUUUAAAAUGUAUUACUUUGAAAGUACUUGCUACAGUUUUAAUGUACAAGGCUUUGCUUUUCAAAUAUCAACUUGCCAUGGCUUUGUUUUUCUUUCUUUCUAUAUUUAUUACAGAACAACUGACAAAUGAAACUGUUGUAGAAGGAAGUGAGAAUGUCACAUAAAUAUCUCAAACCAGG